CAUAGAGUAAACGUCCAUUGGACAGCUGACAUGAUGUCUGGAGGAGAGGUGGUAUACACAGUGCUGGAGGUGCUGAUUGCCAUUGCCUGCUGCCUGGGAAAUGUGCUAGUUAUCUGGGCAGUGUGGUCAAGCAGUGCUCUGCGGCAGCCCAUCUUCUGCUUUAUGGUUUCUCUGGCUGUGGCUGACUUCCUCGUAGGGUCUGUGGCCAUGCCGCUGGCUGUACUGGUGGAUGGACGGGUGCAGACCUCGUUCAAUGUCUGUCUCUUCAUUAGCUGCGUGGUCAUCAUGUUGACAGUGGCCUCAGUCUUGUCUCUGCUAGCCAUUGCUGUGGACCGAUACCUACGUGUCUUCAUCCCUCUCAGGUACAAAAAGACGGUAACAGAGAGAAGAUCUUGGGUGGUAGUAGCAACAUGUUGGUUUGUUGCUUUUAUAUUGAGCUUCCCUCCCAUGUUUGGAUGGUACAAUCGUGAAACGUUGUCUCACUCAGAGAACUCAACCACAAUCACCUGCCAUUUCCUGGCUGUGAUCCCCAUGUCAUACAUCGUUUACUUCAAUUUCUUCCUCUGCAUCCUCACCCCGUUAAUUGUCAUGGCUGUCCUGUACAUGUACAUCUUCUGUACCAUCUGGAGGAACCUGAGGGAGAAAGCAGGGCACGGGGCCCAGUCCCACACCUACUUCAGGAAGGAGAGGAGCCUGGCCCAAUCCCUGGCUCUGGUCCUAGUGCUGUUUGCCUUCUGCUGGCUCCCUCUACACAUUAUGAACUGUGCUGCCUACUUUGGCAGCCCGUCAGACAUACCCCACACAGCCUUCUAUGUGGGCAUCCUCCUUUCCCACGCCAAUUCAGCGGUCAACCCAGUCGUCUAUGCCUUCAAGAUCCGCAGGAUCCAGGUAGCGUACCUGAGGAUCUGGAGGAGGUUCUUUGUGUGUCGCGAUGACAACCAGGGCUCUCAGAGCAAUCGUUCCACUGAGCACAACCUCAGCAGCAACCCUAACAAUGUGAGCAAAGGAUAGUUAAUGAUGUGUUAAGUGCUGAUCCCACAGAAUUAUUCUCUGAGACUUUGAAAAAGACAAUCCCAGGGAUGCAGAUCAGAUAAAGUGGUCGACAUCAUUAAUAUCAUAAUGAGCAUUAUCUUAUCAUCAAAACCAUACUCACAUUAUAUUUAGAUUCUUUACUAAAACUUUAGCUGACAAAAUUUGUUAUUUUUAUGUUUUUACUUCAGUUUUCAUUGAUUUUAUCAAACCUAAUACAGCUGACCACAUGUUGGAUUUGUCUUUUCUCCGUGCUUUGAAUGUCACAAGCUGUCUGCGAUGGAUGGUAGAGUUACUACAAUCAAUCAAUCAAUCAAUCAAGUUUAUUUUAUAUAGCCCUUCGUACAUCAACUAAUAUCUCGAAGUGCUGUACAGAAACCCAGCCUAAAACCCCAAACAGCUAGUAAUGCAGGUGUAGAAGCACGGUGGCUAGGAAAAACUCCCUAGAAAGGCCAAGACCUAGGAAGAAACCUAGAGAGGAACCAGGCUAUGAGGGGUGGCCAGUCCUCUUCUGGCUGUGCCGGGUGGAGAUUAUAACAGAACUAUGCCAAGAUGUUCAAAAAUGUUGACAAGCAUGGUCAAGUGACAAGCAUGGUCAAAUAAUAAUCAUGAAUAAUUUUCAGUUGGCUUUUCAUAGCCGAUCAUUAAGAGUUGAAAAACAACAGGUCUGGGACAGGUGGCGGUUCCAUAACCGCAGGCAGAACAGUUGAAACUGGAAUAGCAGCAAGGCCAGGCGGACUGGGGACAGCAAGGAGUCACCACGCCCGGUAGUCCCGACGUAUGGUCCUAGGGCUCAGAUCCUCCGAGAGAAAGAAAGAGAGAAGGAGAAAAUUAGAGAGAGCCAAGAUUUUCAAAAUGUUCAUAAAUGACAAGCAUGGUCAAAUAAUAAUCAGGAACAAAUCUCAGUUGGCUUUUCAUAGCCGAUCCAAAUUGGCCACACAAUCCAUGCCUAAUUUCCGUUGUUUUAAAUCAGCCCUACAGACCUCCUGAAAGGUAGAAAUACAAGAUAGGGAUCAAUAAAUAAAUAUGAGUUUGUCUGAUUUGGGAACAGAUAAUACCAAACAAACGGGCUGCUCCAUCUGUGCCGAUAGGUAGCCUAUAUUCUUUGUCAGUGUGAGACAGAGGGAGGGGAGACGUCACUAUAGUGAAAUUUGUGUAUGCAGUGCCACAGAAAUUCAGAAAUGUGUUGAUUUGUUGAUACAUUUAAACAGUAUGUGACAAGUACUCAUGUACUAUCAUGCACCCUCUGUUUGUAACAGACCGGCAGAAAAGGAAUGGCAGCAGACGGGGGUAAGCUAGCAAUGUUAACUUUUAUGCCUUCCCCUAACCCCUACCUUAACAUCACAGAAUUAUCCUUAACCUUAAUGGUGAAACUGCCAUGUCCGUUUGCGAUAUUACUCUAAUAAAAAAUAUGAGCUGGCGCACACCCAGAGAAAAUGAUUUUAUGUAGAGGUGUUGAAUAAACUAUAAACUAAUGGUGAAUAAACUGCAAGCUAUAAAAAAAACAAAGAGAGUCGCACACUCUAUGUAUAAACUCCCAGUCAUUUAUUGGGUAAAUCACCAACGUUUCGGCAUCACUACCCUGAACUACCCUGUUGGUGAUUUACCCGAAAAAUUACUGGGAGUUUAUAUAUAGAGUGUGCGACUCUCUUUUUAUAGCUUAUCGUUUGCUAUAUUACAACAACAAAAAGGUUACUUUCUUUUUCUCCCUCUGACAUCAUUGCACGCGCGAUAGAACAUCAAAGUAUGUACGGCAUGUUUUACCACGACGCUGGAUGCUCCUCUCUGUUUCACCAACAAAACACAAACAAUAACACAUUCGCUGUUCGCCCUCAUGCAGAUUUCAGCUUUAACCGAAACCCUUUCCUGCAGUCAAAUGACCUAGUGGCCUCAUGGGUGGAAUGUUAUUUCUAUUUUUCAUUAAUAAACAUGAUUCUUUUUAAUAAUCUGAUGUUUCUAUGUCAAACCGUUUUGUUUUAUUUCCGUCUUCUAUUUAUUUAU